AGCUGUAUAAUCUCAUUUUAUGUAAACCUGUAUUCGGACUCUCCCUCCCUAUCUGUCUCUCUAACUCACUCUCCUUCUUCCUCCUUUAAAUUUCGGCUUAAAACCUCCCUUUUUUCUCUUUGCGGGAUCAAAUUGCCGUGAUCGUCUAUAAAAUUACUGUCUAACUCACUCUCUUCUUCCUCUAUUUCUCUCUUUCCUUUCAAUUUCGGUUUAAAACCUCCCAUUUUUCCCUUUUCGCAAUCAAAUUGCCCUGAUCGUCUGUAAAAUGAGUGUCUCAUGGUUGGAUUUGGGGGUUUAUGGAUACGGGGGGUUCCGGCUCUUCAGAUGAUCAAAAUGGAGAUUUGAAAUGUGCAAGCAUGUCUGCUAUUUCAUGCUCCGUUUGCCUCGAAGGAGUACUAGAAGGAGGUGAUAGGUCCAUUGCCAAGCUACAAUGUGGGCACCAGUUUCAUCUAGAUUGCAUUGGUUCUGCAUUUAAUGCAAAAGGUGCCAUGCAAUGCCCAAACUGUCGGAAAGUUGAGAGAGGCCGGUGGCUCAAUGCAAAUGGAUAUCGUUCAUUACCUGAACUGAAUAUAGAAGAUUGGGUCCAUGAAGACCUCUAUGAUCUGCCAUUUGGGCUUCAAUGGUGUCCAUUCCGUGGAUUUACACAACUAUCAUCAGCCUUUGAGGAAGGGGAAGCCCUAUCAAAUACUUAUCAAGACCUGCGAAACACACCGUUUCCAGACAUUUUACCUGCAUCAAGCAGUGCUCAUAUAUGCCCUUACCUAGCUCUCAAUGGCUUCUCUAACCUUAUACAUCACCCCCCACCAUCAAAUGGUUCUGAUACUGCUGCUGCUGAUGCUGCUUCAUUUCAUCGACAUCCAAGCUCGGCUGGAGUAGCCGCCACUGGGGACAUGUUGGGCUCUCAUGUUUUCAUUGCCACUGAGCCUCGCCACCACAAUUGGCCACAACCUUCGCUUCCUAUCCCUGCAACCGGAACCUUGCACAACAGUGGCGAUCAACCUGCUUCUCAAUCUGCUUCCAGGUCGACUAGGAAUGAACCAAAUGGUCCUCAGAGGUUUGGAUCGUUUGUGCAUCCGCUUCCUUUUCUGCACGGGUCGGCCUCGCGUGCAGGCAAUGGCGCCGUGCCCUCACUUGUGGCUCCCCCCGACAGGGCCCAUGCGCGUGGUGCCCACAUCUACAACCAGCAAUCAGGGUCGCCUCCUCUACGGGGGGCCCAUUUCGCCACAGCUGCUGCCCCUUCCUUGAGGAGGAUCAUACCGAGGGGCCUAACCCUCAUCUCCUCUGACACCAAUAACCCUAAUAAUGGCUUUUACGCUAGGGCUCGACAAGAUGGAGGAGAUGGUAGUGGGAGUAGCAUAGGCAGGCGCUUCUAUGGGUGGGCUCGUGAAGGAGUUGCUGGCCCUCUCCCGUGGAUCCCCAUUGAAGGAGAGUCCCAAUGGUGGGGUCCGUUCUUCCCAAGUCCUGGUAAUCCUCAGAAUGGAGGGAGCUCGGAGCCUAUCAUGAGCGGUCGGGUUUACUUUCACCAUAGGUACAUUGCUUCAAUGAUGGAGAGAGCGCCUUCCCAAGGGAGACAAGAUGGUAACCCUUACCAGAGGGCCCCCCACCUUGCGAGGAUGGGGCCCUUUAUGUGAAGGUUUCAGAGUCAUAGAGAGAAUUUGACUUUGUUUAAAGAAAAAAAAGGAUUUUGGGGGGGUUUUGGGACUAUUGCAUUUCCCCCUGUUGUUUGAUGUAAAUUCUGGGUUUUGCUUUUCAUUUUUUCUUCAUAAGGAACUGGUUGCUUGAUUCAAGGUUUGGGACGAUAUUCUUUUUGCAGUAUGAGUGAGCUUGGUUUUCAUUUA